UCGUGGCCAGCUAUGAGAGGUCCUGAUUCACGUGCGUCAGAGCCAACACGUUUCGAGGAUACACAGCAACGUAUGUUCAAACUCUCAUUAUAAUUUCAUUUUUACGCACGUUACCUUUUCUUUUGAAUCCAGCCAACACAUCGUCCCGCAGACUUGUCUCCGGAGUUGUCUGCUUCAUCAACAUGGGGAAAAGAAGCAGACAGCGGCAGAAAAACCAGAAUACUGGCAGCGACGACAGAGACAACGCUGGCUGGGGAGCUGGCUAUGCUGACAUUGUCAUGGAGAAUAAGCUGUUUGAGCAUUACUACCAAGAGCUAGGCCUGGUGCCUGAGGGAGAGUUUGAAGAGUUUAUGAAAGCAAUGAGGGAACCGCUGCCUGCAACCAUCCGCAUCACUGGAUACAAGAGCCAUGCCAAGGAAAUCCUCCACUGUCUGAAGGAAAAAUACUUCAAGGAUAUUCAGGAGGUGGAGAUCGAUGGCCAGAAGAUUGAGGCUCCACAGCCUCUUAAGUGGUAUCCAGAUGAGCAGGCCUGGCACACCAACAUGAGCAGGAAGAUCAUUAGGAAGUCUCCCCUGCUGGAGAAGUUCCACCAGUUUCUGGUCAGCGAGACUGAGUCGGGUAACAUCAGCCGACAGGAAGCUGUCAGUAUGAUCCCUCCUCUCCUCCUGAAGAUCGAGUCUCACCACAAGAUCCUGGACAUGUGUGCAGCUCCAGGGUCGAAGACAGCCCAGCUGAUUGAGAUGCUCCACUCGGACAUGGAAGUGCCAUUCCCAGAGGGCUUUGUCAUUGCCAAUGACGUGGACAACAAGCGCUGCUACCUGCUUGUGCACCAAGCCAAGCGUCUCAACAGCCCCUGCAUCAUGGUGGUCAACCACGACGCCUCCUGCAUCCCCACGCUCAAAAUUGACUCGGAUGGCAAGAAGGACAUUCUCUUCUACGACCGCAUCCUGUGUGACGUGCCCUGCAGCGGAGACGGCACCAUGAGGAAGAACAUAGACGUGUGGAAGAAAUGGACGACCAGCAACAGCCUGCACCUCCACGGGCUCCAGCUGCGUAUUGCAGUGCGUGGUGUUGAACAGCUGGCCGUGGGAGGGAGGAUGGUCUACUCCACCUGUUCACUCAACCCUAUAGAGGACGAAGCCGUCAUCGUAGCACUGCUGGAGAAGAGCGAAGGAGCGUUGGAGCUGGCCGACGGCUCAGCUGAUCUGCCAGGGCUGAAGUGGAUGCCUGGGGUCACUUCCUGGAAGCUGAUGACCAAAGAGGGCACGUGGUUCAACAACUGGUCCGAGGUUCCAAACAAUCGGCGCACGCAGAUCCGCCCCACCAUGUUCCCGCCAACAGACCCAGAGAAGCUGGCGAGCAUGCAUCUGGAGAGAUGUAUGAGGAUUCUGCCACAUCACCAGAACACUGGAGGAUUCUUUGUGGCUGUGCUGGUGAAGAAAGCCCCGAUGCCUUGGAACAAAAGAUAUCCCAAGCCGAGGAACGACAUCUCGUCCGACUCAGCGGCCCAGUCUGAAGGCUCCGCCGCGGCCUCGACCCCCGCAGACACUCCCCGCCUCCCAGAGAGUGCGGAGGAGGAGGAGGAGGGGGUGGUGGUGGUGGGGGGAGGCCCAGAGGGAAAAGUAGACAAGGAGGCAGAAGAGGAGACACCCACAGGAGCUUCCUCGGCACAGGAGACCACUGCUAAACAAGAUGGAGUGUGUGGACCUCCAGCCACGAAGAAGAGGAAGCUGUUUGGUUAUAAAGAAGACCCCUUUGUGUUCCUGACUGAAGAGGACCCCGUCUUCACCACCAUACAAUCUUUCUAUAACUUGUCUCCCAACUUCCCCAAAAUCAACGUUCUGACCAGGACCCACGAUGGCAAGAAGCGACACUUGUAUAUGGUGUCCAAAGAGCUCCGCAAUGUGCUGUGCAAUAACAGCGAGCGCAUGAAGGUCAUUAACACGGGGGUGAAGGUGUGGUCUCGCAACAGUGAUGGAGAGGAGUUUGGCUGUGCCUUCAGAUUGGCUCAGGAGGGUAUCUACACUCUUCAGCCGUAUAUUCGCUCCAGGAUCAUCGGCGUGAGCGUGGAGGACAUCAAAGUGCUGCUGACCCAGGAGAACCCCUUCCUCAGUAAACUGGAGGAGGACGCUCACGCUCAGGCCAAGAAGCUGGUCAUGGGGAGCAUUGUGUUGAAGUACAUUCCCAACCCAAAUAACCCCGAGGAUCCUCAGUGUCCCAUCCAGCUGUGUGGCUGGAGGGGCAAGACGUCCAUCCGAGCCUUCGUCCCGCGCAACGAGAGGUUUCACUACCUCCGAAUGUUGGGCGUGGAGGUCUUCAGAGACAAACAGGGCCAGAAAGGGAAGGAAGGAGGGAAGAAGGGAGAGGAGGAGGCGAAGAAGGACGCAGAGCAGGACGGAGCGGUGAAAAAUGAGGCCGAGCCGGACUUUGAGAACGGCGAGGAACACAGAUCAUCAGAAGCAAAGAAGCAAAUCGGGAACUAGCAGCUGAGCAUGUCGCGGGACGCUAGAGAGAGAGAGGACUGAUGGAAGACGUAUAUCGACAAGGUCAUCGCCACAUGUGGCACACGAGGCUUUUUCUGUUCAGCGCAGAAAGACUUCCCUCCCGCAGACGGACUCCUUUGGGAUUUUUAAUGUUGGGAUCCUCUCCAGGAGUCGGCUUUUUAUUUCUUUUAGUUUAUCGAUAUGUUUUUUAUUUUUAUUUAAAAAGCUUGUUCCACUGAUGAAGUGGCUUACAUUUUCUUUCCGUUGCUCAUGUUUCGAGAGGUUUAUAUUAACUCCCAUCUCAUUUUCUACACCUGUAAUUAAGCAGAAAUAUGGAGUCGAUUUUAAAAGCGUUAAAGAUUAAUGUUCCAACUCUUUGACUUUGUCCUCGCUCACGAGGUUCUGCAGUUUAGACAUAAUGAAACCAUCAGGAGUUAGUAUGAAGCCUGAAACUGAUACCGCUGCACCCUGGGCUUUCUUUAUACUCAACAAAUUCAAUAAAGUUUUACAACAUUAAAAAACAAAA